GGACUUUGCACAGGAGGGGAAAAGCCUGACAUUCCUGAAAAUGGCAGCUGAGACAUCCACAGAAGUUCCAAAACCUGCUAGACAAUUCGUCCUUAAGGAAGAGGUAAUUGCAGAAAGAAAAUGGUUGAAGCUUGAAGAAACAACUUAUACUGAUCCCUUUGGUAAAGCCAGAACUUGGGAAACUGUAAAGCGUACAUGCAAGAAAAAGGGCGUUUCAGCUGAUGGUGUAGCAGUGAUAGCAGUACUACAGAGAACUCUCCACUACGACUGUGUUGUCCUAGUGAAACAGUUCAGGCCUCCAAUUAACGGCUAUUGCUUGGAAUUUCCUGCAGGCCUCAUUGAGGAAAAUGAGACUGCAGAAAGCGCUGCAUUGCGAGAGCUGGAGGAAGAAACUGGGUACAAGGGGGAAGUCAUUGAAUGUACUCCAGCUCUCUGCUUGGACCCAGGUUUGUCGAACAGCACCACGCACAUUGUGAGCGUCACCAUUAACGGAGAUGAGGCUGAGAAUACAAGGCCUAAGCAAAAACUUGAUGAUGGAGAAUUUGUGGAAGUUAUUUCACUUCCAAAGAACGACCUGCUGCAAAGAAUUGAUGGUAAGAGCUUUCUGACACACUCAACACACUAAUGUGAGCUUCAAGAAACCCUUAGAAUC